CGUCAAUUGAUCUAGACUCAUACCUGUCAAAAUGAAAUUAUUUACUCAUUAAUCAACAUGACUACUGAAAUGUGCUCGAAUGUUUUAGAGCGGCCCCAGCACUGUUGCAGCAAGUGUAAGGGCUUGUUCACCUUCCAAGAUGAGCGACUCAAGCACCAACUCACCUGCACUGCAAACCCCUUCAAGUCUCCAUGUACCUACUUCGCCUGUGAAAGGAAGAUUUUUCUACAGCUUUUCCAGCCAGAAGAUUUUCAGAUGGAAGGUGCAUUUCAUCCCCUGAAUAUGUCCAAAGAUGACAGCUUUAUUAAUCCAUUUGUGAAAAUCCGAAUGCCAGAUGCUUUUGACCCAUCUGUGUUUUUGCGCUCUCCAUACCUAACUCAGAACCCUUCUCCAGGACCUAGUUUUCUGUUGGAAGACAAUAUUGACACUCUAGAUACCAAUAUCGAAUCUCUUGAAGCAAAUAUUCAGACUUUGAACAAUAAUUCAGAUAAAGAUCAAUGUAGUUCAUAUAUAGAAAACGGCGAGAGAAUUGAGUCUGAGGAUCAGAUUCAAAGUAUUAUCAAUAAGAACAUUGAAUACUUGAAAAAUGAUACAUUACCCAACAUGCCCCAAGGAUCUGCCAAAAGCUCAACUUUUUCUCCUGGAGCCCCUAGACUUCUGUCACCUAUUGACAGAUUUUUCAAUACAGAAACCUCGAGGUCUAGAAUGCAGUCUCCCUUUGACAAACAUCCAGGCUUUAUUGAUGAUACUCUGUUAGGUUGUGGGUCGUAUGCUUAUCCAUCAAAUAUGGCAGAGAAACACCCAGGGUUUAUGGAUGAUACACAUCUCGGAUAUCAUACGGGCAGUUAUUCUUAUGCCUUUAAUCAGUAUAUUCCACCAGAUCCGGUUGACAUGGAGCCUACUCAGCCAUUUGCUACAUGUAAUAAAGACAAUCAGUUCUUGGACAUUGGUAAGAAGGACCCAUUCUUAAGCCAGACAUUUGGAGUAGGACAAAUAAAUACAAAAGACCCAUUUUUGAUAAAUGCAGCUGUAAAGGAAAUUACUCCAAACAAUGCUCCUGUAACAAGUAUGAAGCCUAGUGGAACAAGAAGUUGCAAAAACUUUUCAACAACAUUUUCUUAUAAUCAGCAGUCUCAGGAUACAAACUAUUUCAGUUUUCCCAGUACUUUGGAUGAGCCAACGCAAUUGGAUUAUCUUGAUCUUGCCACUCUUGAUUUUUUGACAAAUCCAAAUUUGAUAAACUAUGGCAGUGGGAUAUUUAAAACCUAUUUUGAUAAGGAUGACGACAUGUGUAGUGAAGACAAUCUGGUGUACCUGGAACAAGCCAGUGUUCAGUCAGAAACUGUUGCAAGAUUGGAGGGGAAUCUUGGAAACAGAAACAGCUAUGAAGAGCCAGUCAAGUUUUCAAAAGACAAAGUUAAGCCUGUUCGAUUAAAAAAGUGCAAAAGUGACCUUGGUAAACCCUCUCAUGAUGAAUAUGGGAGACACAGAAUGAUUUCAAGAGAUUUAGCUGGGAUACCUUCCUUCGGAUUUAACAGAGAGAAUUGUAUCAGAAAUAAGACACAUUGUAAGUCAGAAAAAAUAAACCGGAAAAGAAAAAUGUCUGAGAGCAAUAUUGAUGGGUACAGAGGACUCAAUACGAAACAAAAACUGAACAGGAAAAGAUUAUGUAAAUCGGGAAAGAUUUUUAAUGUUCGGGAAAAAUUGACUUUCCUUACUGAAGAACAGAAAGACAGAAUGAAAGCAGUCAUUGGAAAGGAUUGCAUAUUUGUGAAAAAGCAAAUGGAUUUCAAUAAAGAGCCAGUUGUUGUUGUUGAAGAUAUACCACAAAGCAUAAAACAAAUGAUUGAUCCAAAUGGAAAUGCUGGUACACAGCAAACCACUGAGACUAAUCUUCCGGCUAACUGUGGAGGCUGCGUUCGACAAAACAUAGAAACAAAGAAACUAACAUCAGUGCUCAUUCUUAAAUGCCUAGAUUGUGAAUUCACCUGCAGUAGUGGUCAUGAGCUUAAAGAGCACUGCCGGACACAUAAAACGGAAACAGAACUUGCAACUGAAGCUAUCUGUGAACAGGAGUCUAGUCAUUAUGUGUACACCGAGAAUGAAAACAAUGUACCAACAGAUAGCAAUUGUGAUGAAAAAGCCCUUACAAAACUAAUAGAUGAGUUGACAGAAUCAGCAGUUAAUGAUAGUAUAUCUGAACUAGGGUGCAAUCAGUUCGGUUUUGAAACAAGUAACUGUGAUGAUGGAACAAGUGCAUCAACCAGUGCUCUUACAUUCAAUAGGAUGGACAGUUAUACGACACAAAGUCAUGUGGUUGAUGAUGACACUGUAAAUGGCAUUGAUAGUAAUUCUUAUUCAGAGAAUAAUCAGUCACAUAUAGUUCCAGGUACCUGCGAGCCAUUGGUUAUUCAAGUGCAAUCUACAGAGGAUAAUUGUAGUUCUGUUGAUAUAGUAUACAAACUGCCUUACAGAAAUGAAUUUCGAACAGAUCAAAUUGAUAAUGACAUCUCUCAUAGGAAAGACACAAACAUCGAAGAUCAUUCAGUCAUGAAUGUGCAGAAAAGUUUAUAUGAUUCUGACAAAACUUGCUCUGACACUGUUACAACUCUUCCAGAGAUAUUGAACUACAGCUUUGAUAAAGAUUCUAACAAUGGAUGUUCUGACAAAGUGUUAGGUACUAAUGACAGCACUGUAGACUUACUGCCGAUUGCAGAGGGGAAGAAUAACUAUAAAAAUGAAUGUGAAGCCCUUCAAAGCAACUCUGAUGAUUACACUUCUACAUGUAAUAACAGUGAUGACAUUGAUGUGAGAACAGCAGGCUGUGAUGGGGUUGUUCAGAUGGUUGCUGAUAAUAGUAUGAAUGUUCAAUCUACUACUAUAGACUUCUCAAAAGAAAAAAAAGAAGCAGAAGAAAACAAUACAGAAAUAAUUUUACUUGAAUCAGAUUGUGAUACAACAGAAACUGACUUACAUGAGAGUACUAGUGCUGAGCCUGAUGAUAAAAACUGCGUGGAAAAAGAAAUGCAAACAUCAAAUGAAAUUCUUCGAGUUAACUGUAAUCUAGAAGCCAAGUCUUCACGGCCAUUUGAAGAUAGGGUUGAUAAUGUGCCUAUCUUAGUAGCUGAGACAACAAGAACAGAUGUUUAUCGUUUACAGAAUUCAUUCCCUUCUAUUCACAAAAUUGAAGGUCCAGUAAGUGGUGAGGUAUCUCCGGACAUGACCUUUAACUCAAAUAUUGCAUUAAAUGGUUCAGACAACUUUGAUCACAUGUAUUUUUCAAAAAGUGAAAUAAAAAAACCAAGUUCAUCUCCAAAAAUUCUUAGCCUUACAGUUAAAGGUAUUAAGUCAAUUUCACUCAGCCCUUGUACAGACAAACAGUGUGUUGUUGUUGAUGGAAGUGCCUAUGAUGUUCCUGGAAUUUCAGAAGGAAGUGUUGAAGUUCCCAAUAAAAAUCUUUCAAAUGCCAAUGACUUAAUGGAAAAUAUAAAGAAGGAGGUUGUGAAGAAACAGAAAAGAAGAAUUACAAUUCCUAAAGAGUUGUUUACAAAUGGAAAAUUUGAAGUAAUUGGAAAUACACUGAAAACCCAAAAAUAUGUGUCUUUAUUGCCUGGACCAAAACAAGCAAAUGGAAAUAAAGCUUCACCUAAGAUUGUUAAUGCAGAUAGAUUGAAGACAACUCCUGACAUGUUAUCAGCCAUCUAUUCAGAGUCUGAAGUCCUGACUUUUGUGAAUAGAAGGCCUAAAGAAUUAACUGUAAAUGGUGGCUCUGAAUUCCUGACUUGUGUGAAUGGUGGGUCUGAUGUUCUGACUACUGUGAAAAGUGGGUCUGAAGUCCUUACUAGUGUGAAUAGUGGGUCAGAAGUCUUUACUCAUGAGAAUAGUGGGUCUGAAAUCUUGACUCAAGUGAAUGGUUGGUCUGAAAGUCUGACCCAAGUAAAUGGUGGGUCUGACAUCCUGACUCCUGAAAAUGGUGGGUCUGAAGUCCUGACUCGUGUGACUAGUCAGUCUGAAGUGCUGACUUGUGUGAAUGGUGGGUCUGAAGUCCCGACUUAUGUGAAUGGUGGGUUAGAAACUGGACAUAUAGCAGAUGAGGCAGCUGAAGAUGGCCAACUGGAGGAUGGAAAUGAGGAGGAUCUUGCAACCAAGCUUCUUUCCUGCAAUGCAUGUGGGUUUAAGACAGAUAAUAAAAAUAAAUACUACAACCACCUUCUUAAACAUAGAGGUGUGGUGUACAGGUGUAUGUACCAGGGAUGUAGCUUCAAGUCCAUCUACAAGCGCAACUACGACUACCAUGUACGCAUCAAGCACACAGAGAAAACCAUCUAUCAGUGUGAAAAUUGCUCCUACAAUACCUGCGAGAAAAACAGCCUGAACCGUCAUGUCCAACACCAACACCUGCGAGAAAUGCGCUACAAAUGUGCAGACUGUGACUUCACAGCUUUGUUUCGUAUAGAUGUGGUGAAGCAUGUCCGCAACACGCACAUCCAGCUGAAGGUGUAUGCGUGUAACCAAUGUGAGUUCCGUACCUGCUAUCCACAUGUGCUCAAGUACCAUCUGAUGGCACACGGGGGUAUCCGGCCAUACAAGUGCAGUGCAUGCGAGUAUCAAGUGAACAACCCCGGCCAGGUGCGACGCCACAUUCAGACUGUCCAUCCCGACCGGCAUGAUGUCAAGUGCGAGAACCUUGACCUCUCGUUUGAGAUAGAUGCCAGGCAGUUUAAAUGUGCUGAAAAUGUGAGUGACAAGGACAUUAAAGUUAUUGAGCUUACAAAAGAGGAAAUAGAGGAAGUCAGAAAGAUGCAGGCCGAAGAGGAAGCUAAGGGGAAAGUUCUUCGACCAAGGGGAAGGAAGCCAGCGAAGUUCCUGGGUAUAAGUAGAACAAGUGAUAGGGUUGAAAGGGACACUGACAUACUGAAUGGAAACAGUCAUGAAGUAAAUGACAAUGACGUGGCACUGCUUGGUUAUUGCACAGCUUUAGAUGAUGAUGCUCCAGAUGUAAAUGGUAAUGCUGAUGUGAAUGAAAAUUUACAGGGUAUUGCAUAACUGUGUGGUCUGUCUCUGAAUCUCACUUUAAAUUAUUGUACACAUAAUGUGCUUCAAUUAUGUUAUUUAUUUAUUGUUAAAAAGUGUUUGUUACUGUUUUUAUUGUUGUCGUUGGUAGUAUUUAAUAAAGAUAUUUGUA